UUUUGCCUUUGUUUUCCAUUGAGAUCACAACAAAACCUAUUGGAAGAACCUUCGCGAAAUAUAGAACGUAUCAGACUGCCUUCAAUGGUCCACAUCAACAAAUUCAAUCUCCUUUCCAGAUGUUGCAGAUCAUGGUGUCACAAGUGUAGUGCUUCUCUCUUAUCCGAACCAUGCGCAAAGCUUCGAGAGAACAGCCCUUACCCGGCGUCGUGUUUGCGAUGGCAUUCUUCUUCCUCAUUGCUCUGUUUGCCUGUGUAAUCAGUUCCUAUAUUCGCUGCUCAAACGGUCUACCUUUGGAGCCCGCUCGUAUUACUCAAACCUCCGCCAACCUUCCGGACGUAGACAUCAGUUAUGUGAACAACUCUGGCAUAUGCGAGACAACUCCUGGCGUGCAACAGAUGUCUGGAUAUAUAAGUGUUGGAAAAAAUAUGAACAUGUGGUUCUGGUUUUUUGAAGCACGCAAUUCUCCGGAGACCGCCCCGUUCACGCUAUGGUUGAAUGGUGGUCCAGGUUGCUCAUCUAUGAUAGGGCUCUUCCAAGAGAAUGGACCAUGUCAUGUCAAUGCUGACCUUACUACCACUAUAAACCCCUAUAGCUGGAACAACCUCAGUAACAUGAUAUACAUUGAUCAGCCGAUAGGCACUGGCUUCUCGUAUGGCACAGACACAGUGAACAGCACUGAAUCCGCAGCUCCCUUCGUCUGGACAGCUUUCCAAAUGUUGUUCGAGACAACCCAGUUUGCUAAGUUUGAAUCAAGAGAGUUCAUAUUUGCCACAGAAAGCUACGGAGGACAUUAUGGGCCUAGCUUUGUGACUUAUUUCGAUCAACAGAAUUCACUUGUCCAAAGCGGGGCAAUUCAGGGCGAGCAAAUUCUUGUUAGUGCACUCAUGAUCAAUAACGGUUGGUAUGAUCCACUUCUCCAGAAUAAGGCAUAUGUAGACUUCGCUACCGACGCACCCGGAUAUGGUCAAUUGCAGAGCGACGAAGUCAUUGCUCAGCUGAAUGAGGCUUUCUAUGGUAGCAAUGGCUGUCAAGCACAGGAGCAGGCGUGUUACGACGCGGGGAAUUCUUCAGCUUCGAAUAAGAUUUGCAAUACCGCUGACAAUUUCUGCAUUGACAAUGUUUUCGUACCAGCGGUUGGAAACCGAGACUCAGACGACCUGCGACAAAAUUCAUCUGCAUUAUUUCCUCCUGAAUAUUAUGUCGAUUACCUCCAACAAGCAUCAAUUCAAAGUGCUAUUGGCGCAGAAGCGAAAUAUUCAGAGUGCCCCGAUGCACCCUAUGAAUUAUUUACGAAGACCGGAGACGAUGCUAGAACAUGGCUGCCACAGCUAGGUGCAUUAGCUGACUCGAAGUUGAAAUUGUUGAUAUGGGCUGGAGAUGCAGAUAUCAACUGUAACUGGCUCGGUGGACAUGCUUCUGUCCUUGCUAUGGACUGGUAUGGCUCAGCAGAGCUUGCGAACACUUCUUUCACAAAUAUGACGAUCGACGGGACUCCAGUGGCUGCAGUGCAAAACGUUGACAACUUUUCCUUUGCGAGAGUGUAUGCAUCUGGACAUGAAGUGCCUGCGUUCCAACCAGUUGCUGCCCUGGAAAUUUUUAAGCAGAUAAUCAACAUGGAGCAAUUACACUCUGUCUAGAGCAAGCUUCCUGUGAGUAUAUGCUAAGAGUUUCCAUAUCGUACAUGAGCUCGAGUCUAACAAGGGAUUAGACUGAAUCCUCAGCUACAGAACAUCGCGCGAUUAUCAAACCUCCAUAAGGGUUUCGAAUGGGAUUGUUCUUUACUUGCGAUGAUUAUCUGUGCGCUGUACAUAUGAAUCUUGCAUUUACUCGAAUUUCGAUGAUUAUAUGGGUUAUAGUCGCGACGCGUCUGUGGCGUGUGAAUGUCUAUAAUAAACGUGAUAUAUUACUCAACAUGGCA